UUUCGGACCGGCCCCAAGGGGCAGGGGCGAAGGUGGUCGCCUCGUGCCCUGAUUGGCCGGCGGGGCGCGCGCGGCCGGGAGGGGCGGGGCGCACGCAGAGCCACGUUUAGUCUCUCACAGCGGUAGCGAGCGUUCUGUGGACCGUGUGCUGUGUCGCGCGCAGUUAGGCAGCAGCCCGCGGAGCUGUAGCCGCCGUGGGAGUGAGCCAUGAAGCACUACGAGGUGGAGAUUCUGGAUGCAAAGACAAGGGAGAAGCUGUGUUUCCUGGACAAGGUGGAGCCCCAUGCCACCAUUGCGGAGAUCAAGAACCUCUUCACCAAGACCCACCCGCAGUGGUACCCCGCCCGCCAAUCCCUCCGCCUGGACCCCAAGGGCAAGUCCCUGAAGGAUGAGGAUGUUCUACAGAAGCUGCCUGUGGGCACCACGGCUACACUCUACUUCCGGGACCUGGGGGCCCAGAUCAGCUGGGUGACGGUCUUCCUAACAGAGUAUGCGGGGCCACUUUUCAUCUACCUGCUCUUUUACUUCCGAGUGCCCUUCAUCUAUGGCCACAAAUACGACUUCACGUCCAGCCGGCACACAGUGGUGCACCUCGCCUGCAUCUGCCACUCAUUCCACUAUGUCAAGCGCCUGCUGGAGACGCUCUUCGUGCACCGUUUCUCCCAUGGCACCAUGCCUUUGCGCAACAUCUUCAAGAAUUGCACCUACUACUGGGGCUUUGCUGCAUGGAUGGCCUAUUACAUCAACCACCCUCUCUACACGCCCCCUACCUACGGUGCUCAGCAGGUGAAGCUGGCACUCGCCAUCUUUGUGAUUUGCCAGCUUGGCAACUUCUCCAUCCACAUGGCCCUGCGGGACCUGCGGCCCGCUGGGUCCAAGACUCGGAAGAUCCCGUACCCCACCAAGAACCCCUUCACGUGGCUUUUCCUGCUGGUGUCCUGCCCCAACUACACCUACGAGGUGGGGUCCUGGAUCGGCUUCGCCAUCAUGACGCAGUGUCUCCCAGUGGCCCUGUUCUCCCUGGUAGGCUUCACCCAGAUGACCAUCUGGGCCAAGGGCAAGCACCGCAGCUACCUGAAAGAGUUCCGGGACUACCCGCCCCUGCGCAUGCCCAUCAUCCCCUUCCUGCUUUGAGCGUUCACCCCUGCCUGGGCUCAGCCCCCACCCCGGGGGCAUCCCAGGGUAGGGGCAGGGCUCACAGCUCUCCAGCACCUGGAAUAAAACCCACCUGCCCCAGUUGGA